CCUCAUCUUGACGCCAGCUGGAGCCUUACUUUCCCGUCUGGUUCUCCUUUCUCAUCCCAUUGAUACCGAAUUCCUUCGCGACGUCCCCCUGACACUCCUCUUCUCGAAUACUACCGAACCAAAUCACCAUGGCCGACCGUUUCCCUUCGUUGGAGGAUUUCUCUGCGGGUCAAACCGAAGUGGUUGACACCAACGGCGGCGCCGAUGAGAAUGACUUCCUGGCCCGUGAGAGGGCUAUGCUAGGCGAUGAUGCCGAACAGUUCGCGACCUCCCAGGACCACGUCGCUGAGAAUGUCGACGAUGACGACCUACUGGGCGGUGCGGCGGAUGCCCCGUCGGGCAGCCCUGCUCACGAGGAGAUGUCAGGGUUCGAAUCGUCGUUCCCUGCUCUGGAGUCGCAGAAUGAGCAAGUUGCACCGGGCGGUACCAUCACUGGAACCGGCGCUCCCUUCCCACCCACCGGCUACUCCAGCUACCAAGAACCUCAGGAGGAACCUGAACCCGUCAGGGAAUGGCGCGAGAAGCGUGAUGCGGAAAUCACCCGCCGCGCCGAAAUCUCCGAGGAAAAGAAGAACUCGACCGUCCAGAAAGCCAGAGAAGACAUCGACGACUUCUACGUCUCUUACAACAACAAGACCGACAAGCUCCGUGCACAGACGAAGGCCGAGGCCGAACAAUUCCUGUCCAACCGGGAAGACACCUCGUCUGGCGGCACCAGCUGGGAACGUAUUGCGAAAUUGGUUGACAUUUCUGGAAAGGGAACCAAGGGCGGUGCCAGUGGAUCUGGCAAGGAACGUUUCCGCGAGCUGCUGCUCGAUCUGAAGAAAGACGAGAAGGCUCCCGGUGUCAGUGGGGUCUAGAUCGCGAGACCGGUUCGAUACACAACAAAACAUCCCCUCAAGAUAUGGGCCGAGCACGGGGAAGGAAUGUCUUCGCUCCUCAUGAGAGUCUUGCUCGUUUCCUUGAUGUUACUGCAUUCCAGCGCCUUCUACCAUGACUACCUACCGCUAUCCAUCCAUCCCCUAUUCUUCCAUUUACCUCCGGCUGCUUGACAUGUCCUCUCGACUUGGCCCGUAUUUUGUUACGCAUGAUUCUUCUCCAUUUUCUUUUUGUUCUAGCUUACUAUUCUGCCACCUGUGUCUUUCUAUUCUAAACCCUUUCUCUCUUAAUUUAUGUAGGUAAAUAACGCAUACAGUUCAUUUUGAUCAUCAGUCACUUAGUCAAUAUAUU